AAAGGGUACGACCAUUUUGGUUACACGUAGAAUUAUCCAAUAACGGUAUAAUCCAUUCAAUUGGAAGCAACAAGACAUCAUGAUAGCUAUAGACUUCAGUUUCCAGGAGUGGCAAUGGCAGUAUCAGAUCUCUACUACAUUUUUCAUCUGUGUGAUAGUUCCAGCUGUCUAUUAUGUUCAUGCAAAGUAUAUUUCCAAUAGUCCCAAUAACUACAACAAACUAGAAGAACCACUUAAAUUGGACAUUCCUAUUCCUCAAGAAGCUAAAGCUCAUUGGAAAGGAAAGAGAUUAUAUCCUCCAAAUUUAAGUAUCAGAGUCCCCAAUGAACCAAACAAAAUCCAAAGUUAUUGUCCUGCUACUGGACAAUCUUUGGGAACAUUCUUGACAACUUCCAAAGAAGAAAUGAAUCAACAAGUUUUGAAAGCUAAAAAGGCGCAACAACUCUGGAAGAAGUCACCAUUUACCUUGAGAAGAAAGUUUUUAAAGACAUUAUCUCGUUAUAUCCUUGAGAAUCAAGAAGAUAUUGCAAGAAUUGCUUGUAGAGAUAGUGGUAAAACCAAGUUAGAUGCUCUGAUGGGUGAGAUCAUGGUUACUCUUGAAAAGUUAAACUGGAUUAUAGCUCAUGGUGAAAGAGCAUUAAGACCAUCUCAACGUCCUGGGCCUUCUAAUUUAUUGAUAGGUUUAAUGAAAAACGGUGAAGUUAGAUAUGAACCAUUAGGUGUGGUUGCUGCAUUGGUGUCUUGGAAUUACCCAUUCCAUAAUCUUAUGGGUCCUAUAAUUGCUUCUAUUUUUACUGGUAACGCUAUCAUUGUGAAAUGUUCUGAACAAGUCAUCUGGUCUUCAAAAUGGUUUGUGGAUUUGAUAAGAUUAGUGUUGAAAUCAUUAGAAAUUGAUGAAGAUUUAGUUCAACUAUGUUGUUGUUUUCCUGAAGAUGCUGAUUAUUUUACUUCACAUCCAGGUAUAUCACAUAUAACAUUCAUUGGUUCUAAACCAGUUGCUCAUAAAGUGGUGGAAAGUGCUGCCAAGGAGUUGACUCCAUGCGUAGUUGAAUUAGGAGGUAAAGAUUCUGUCUUGGUUUUGGAGGAUGUUAAAGAUUUCCAAGCAUUGUCAUCUGUCAUAUUAAGAGGAACCUUUCAAAGUGCAGGUCAAAACUGUAUCGGUAUAGAAAGGGUUAUCUGUUUACCUAAAGCAUAUGAAAAGUUGGUUGAAAUAUUUACCGAUAGAAUUGAAGAUUUCAGAAUAGGAUCUGAUAUUGAUCAAUUAGAUGAAAUAGAUAUGGGAGCCAUGAUAUCUGAUAACAGGUUCCAAAGCUUUGAAGAAUUGAUUGAAGAUGCAGUCUCAAAGGGAGCCAAGUUAAUACAUGGUGGUAAACCAUUCCAGCAUCCAAAUUAUCCUCAAGGUCAUUAUUUCGAACCAACAUUAUUGAUUGAUGUUGAACCACAUAUGAGAAUAUUCCAAGAAGAAGUCUUCGGACCUAUAUUGACCAUGAUCAAGGCAACUGAUGUUGAUAAUGCUAUUGCAUUGGCCAAUUCUACCGAAUAUGGUUUAGGAAAUUCAGUGUUUGGUUCUAAAUUUAAUCAAUUGAACGAUAUUGCUAAUAGGUUAGAAAGUGGUAAUGUUGCAAUUAACGAUUUCGCUACAUUUUACGUUGCGCAAUUGCCUUUUGGUGGGGUCAAGAAAUCAGGAUAUGGUAAAUUUGGUGGUGAAGAAGGGCUUACUGGGUUAUGUAUGGCUAAAUCAGUGGUGAUGGAUAAACCAUUAUUGAGAUUAUUAGGUAUAGCUACUGCAAUUCCUCCACCUAUAGAUUACCCAAUUAAAGAUGAUAAAAAAGCCUGGAGAUUCAUAAAGAGCUUGAAUACUGCAGGUUAUGAUAACAGAAUCUGGGAAGUUAUCAAAGCAUUUGAGAAAUUGGCAAAAUCAUAAAUAAUAAUCAUAUUACAUCUGUACUAUAGCUUAAUUAUACCCAAAACUACAUCAAUACUAACCACAAAACUCUUAAAAAAUGUUGUAUAUAAAAAUAUAAAAAAUUAAAUAUAG